AUGGAGAAAUAUGUAACCGUCGUCUCGGUCGAUGAUCAGGUACAGCAGCAGCAGGGUGCCUCGGCGCCAGUGGAGCCUGACCAACCGCUGGACCAGAGGCUGGACCUGCACCUGGAGCUCACCCAGCACCGGCCAAUGUUUGAGCAGGCCGAUCCGGACCAGGAAGACUCACAGUUCGUGACCGUGCUGUCGAUCAACCACGGCGAAGGUCGGUCACCGGAUGACGCACCGAACACACCGGAGAUGGUGCUGGUGUACCGGUUACCGGGCGAGCGGCUCGGGUUCGGGCUCAAGUUCCAGGGCGGCAACCGAAGCAACGAGAAGAUCCAGCGCCUGUUCAUUCAGUCCUGCGCGGAGAACAGUCCGGCGUCGCGGGUCCUCGCCAGCUGGGGCCACCUCCGGGAGGGUGACGAGAUCCUGGAGAUCGACGGGGUCAGUGUGACGCGCAUGACACGCAUCGAGUGCGUGAAGUGUCUCAAGGACAGCAACGUGGCGAUCAAGCUGCUGGUGCGGAACGGUGAGGGACGGGUACAGAACUUCUAUCCGGAGAAUGUGGGAGAAAUCCCCGAAAGGAAGAGUGGCCCACCGCCACCUCCGCCGGUUCCACCGCGGAAGCUCAACAAACGGAAGCUGACUCCGGUGGAACCGCAGUCACCGGAAGAGCCACCGACUCCGGUGGUGGCCGCUCCACCGCCGGAUGCCGAGUCGUACAGCAAUCUGUUCGCGGACGACAUCAGCGACCUGAUCUCGGAGUCGGACGACACGGCCAGCACCAUCUCGACGGUGGUGGACAAGUUCUCGAUCUGCUCGAGCCUGUCGUCGGAGGACUACACGAUCCCGUCGAACGGACCGAUGGGCAUCGGCAGCAGCCAGAGCCUGGAGCUGGCGAAAGCCCUCAAACCGUUCACGCUGCUCGAGCAGGAGUUCAACCUGGAGAGCAAGUUCGAGCCGACCAAUCUGUUCACGUUCAAACCGCAGGCGGCCACCCCGGCGUCCAACGUGGUCCAGCUCGCGGUACAGGGCGGCGACACGGAGUACGAAAACGUGAGCGUGAUGAAGGUGGACGAAAAUCGGAACUACGAGAACGUGACGGUUCCGUACGGACCGUACGAGAACGUCACGAUCCAGACGGUGCAACCGUACGAGACCAUGGUUCUGUCCCGGACUGCCAACCGACGGAGGAUCAGUGUCGAGGAACCGGAACCGUCACCCGCCCAUUACGAAAACGUCGAUUUGAAGACAUCCGCGGUUCCGCCACGACCCUUGCCACGCCAGGCAGCCAUUGUGGAGCCGAAAAAACGGGCCCCAAUUCCGGUCCCGAUUCCGAUCGUGGUUCCUCCGCCGAGACUCAAACACACGUCGGCCGCCGGCCAGUCGUCAAUCGUAGUGCCCGAAAGUCAACCGCUCGGGCCGGAGUACAACACGGUCCAGAACUGGCUGCAGGAUGCGACGGAAGUGAUCCACGAGUGCGCCCUGGUCCCUGCCGGCGGCGAUGUGCCGGUGGUGGAGGAGAAACCGAAGCCGCUACCCGAUGGCACCAUGGACGAUUUGCCGCGGCUGAUUGACUUCCAUCCGAAGGUGUCCGUUGCGCCGAAGGAAGCGGUGGUGGCCCCACCAACGUCACCCAGGGCGAUGCGAUACAACGGGGAGCAGUCGGAUAUGCAGUCGGUGGCACCGGAAACGAUCGUGCGGAAGUGUAUCAAAAUCAUCGCGAGCGAGGAUCACACGUACAUCGAGAGUAGCUCGAGCGACGAGGACGACGAGAAGAUGUACUGCAUGGGCCGGUCGGAGGAUGAUGACGAUCGGAGCAGUGUGCUGUCGCGGGAAACGACCACGACCCCGGAGCAGUUCCUUAGCGGCGACGGGUACAGUGACGAGGAUGGUGAAAAGCUCGGCCCGCCCGAAAUCGUGUCCGGUGGCCCAUCCGAAGCGUACUUUAACUUCCCGUGGAGCUCCAAUCUGCUGCCCCCGAUCGGUGAGGUGGAGGAAGAGUUUUCUUCGCUCGAGCAUCAGCAACAUCAACAACCGAUAGUUAUAAUCGACACGGCCGACGAAACUGUUAUCAACGACACCAACAACAACCAGCAGCAGCAGCGGAAGAAACCGAUCGGUGACGAAGCACCCCAGAAACUGCCAAAAGCCGUUGGACCGUCGGCAAACAUAGUCAUCGGAACCGGGAUGACGACGAUGGUGGCGACGCAGGGCGGCGAGGCAAACGAUUCGGAGGCGGACCAACCGGAUGCCGGCGUGACUCCCGUGGUGGACUCAUCGUUGACCAUCGAUCAAGACGUGGGUGCACCCGAAACAGAUAAUCUGCAGUCGCCGCCGCAGCAGCAGCAGCAGCAGCAGGAAGUGUCGGACCCCGAACCGCCGCCGGCAGCGGCGGUGGACGAAGAUGAGUUGGUAAACAAUGUUCACACGGCUGAUAAGCCGGAUCAGCCCGUCGACAAUGGCGGUCCGUCUCCGCCGCUGGGCACCACCUGUCAGGAAGAUGUUAGUGACAUGGCAAACGACGGCGUCGAUGGUGCCGUGCUGGUGGAGCAGCACCCGCAGCAUCCGCCCGUAGCGCCCGGCCCAGUCGAAAGUGUUGGACCGAUUGACAGUCAAAGUGCGAUGGCUGAUAGGAGCCCAGGCCCAGGUGACGUACCCGAAGCGACCGCGGCACUCCCGGACGACGCUGAUGGUGGCGAGUCCGAACGAACGGCGGAAGGACGGAAGCUGCAAGACGACGACGAGGAAGCCGAUAGCAAUAUCGAUGCGAUUGUUGGUGACGUAGACAUCGUCGAAGGCGAUACAGUUGAGAGUGACUUCGAGGAGCUGGUCAAAGCGCAGAUCGAACCGGUCGACGUCGAGGACAGUUCGGAGCAGAUACAACAGAUUCAUGAGCGAAUCAUUGUUGGCAUUGAGCGCGCUGUUAGUGAAGAAGUUAGUGAAGCUGCUGAAGCUGCUGAAGCCCCGGUGCCGGGUGAGGUGGCAAACGGUGACACGGACAAUGAGUGGUCGGAAGUGACACCGGGACAACCGGACCAACCGGAGCGGGACUUUGGUGAUGUAGUUCCUGUAGUGGCCCGAGACUCGGAAGUGGCGGAUAAAGCCGAACAGGAUACAGCUGAACAAGAAACCGUUGGCAUCGUUGCCCCGUCGGUCGGUGGCGUUGUUGGCAUAGCCACAGGUACGAAGAGCGACAAUCAGAGCGAAAAUCAGAGUGCCAGCGCCAUCGCAGGACCGCCGCAGAAGCUCACCCACAACGACGACGGCGACGGCGUUGACGCAGACCACGGCCACGGUGCGUCGGUGGCCAGCCGCGGCAAGAGCAUGGACUCGAUGAAUAAUGUAGUGACGACGACCACCACAGUGACCGCCAUUGCCAGCACCGUGCAUCAGCUCGUACCCGCCACCGUGACCCCCGCGCCACAGCACCCCACAGCAGCAGCUUCAGUAGCGAUUGGUGGCAAAGUAGCGCCACCGGCAUUCUCACGACUACCACCGGAUGGGCAUGAGUUCCCGCCGAACUUCAGCGAACCUUCCGCUAUCAACUCCUCCGCGACCCCCGGGGGGCCUCCCGUCAGCGCCACCGGCCCCGCUCCCGUCCCGCCACCCGGAGCCGCGAUGACCAUCAUGAACGGCGGUGGCAUGACGGGCGCAGCACCGGCCAAAUCGAACGACAAACAUUCCAGUUUCAACGACGAUUUGCCCGAUCUACCGAAAAGCCACCCACCGACGGUGCCCCGGAAGGCAGCACUGCCCCCUCCGAAGGUCAAUGGCACCCUAGAGUCCCCUGGCGCACAGGACAGCUACCGCAAACCGCCUCCCUUCCCGACGCGCAGUUCCUCGAUCGCCGAAUCGAUGCUCAGCCGCAAGGACUACCAGGCGCUCCAGGCCAGCACCGGAGGGGACGGGGCACAGUUCCGACGCCGCUCGGUCGAUGUCCCCGAGCACCCACACACUAAACCCCCGGCACCCCCCGGUGGCCGGGUGUCGCUACUGGGCUCAAACUGGCGCAAGGACGAGAAGUCGGAGAGGAGCGUCCGGGAUAAGAUCGCCAUGUUCUCGUCGGCGGCGGCGGCCGACGGUGGCGAAGCGCCCCUCCUACCAGCCCCGGCCCCCGGCCCCGGCAUGAUGCUGGGCGGUGGCCGGAAGUUUAGCAAAGAUUUCACCAAAAGCUCGGAGAACCUGCUCGGCGGUGGCGCUGGGUCGGGCCCGAAGCGAUCGUCGGUCGUGGAGGCGAUUGAGACGUACGCGACGCUCCGGAAGAAGGCGCACAGCGUGGAGAACCUGGACGAGGUGGACAAGGCCUCGGUCAUGCACGGCGGCAGCCAGCGGAUGCUGGCGACGGAGCCGACGCCAAAGUUCAGCCUCGAGACCUCGAAGCCCGUCGUGCUGGGGAAGGCGUACAGCGUGGAGAACCUCAACCCGCACCAGCACCCGCAGCCGAAAAAGUUCGGAUUCGAAAAGGCGGCCGACGUGCCGGACAUGGGCAAGGUCCUCGCGCGGACUAUCAGCUUCUCGGGGUACUCGAACGGCGGGCCUCCGUCCAGCGGCAGCCCGGGAACGGGCGAUGAGCGCUGGAAGUCAUCCAUCUCCAGUCUGCUGGAGCAGCGCAAGAAGUCGAUGUCGAAGCUCCGCGGGUUGGUCAUUCCGGAGAAGGUGCCCGAGGCGGAGGUACUGGCCGACUCGCGCAUCCUCGGGCUGCCGAUCAUCAAGAGCAAGGACUCGGAGAUCAUCCUCUCGUCGGGCGUCCUGCCCAAGGACAGUUUGCCGGCACCGCCGCUGCCACUGUCCUAUGGCCGCCGGACCAGCACGCUGCCGACGCCCUCCAAGUCCAGUCUGAACUCACUGGCCAAGGCUCCGGACUCGGCGAUCCUUGGACCGAUCCCCUACAAGCCACGCUCCAACUCGCUGGUGCCGUCCGACAGCAAGCAUUCCGAGUCGGAGGAGUCGGAAUCGACGCCGGUCAGCAGCUUCCGGAAGCCGCUGCCACCGAUGCCACCGGCCAAACCGCCCCGCACUUCGCUGGUGUACCCGCCACCGAAGGGGGGCUCGAUGGACUGUCUGCGCAGCACGGAGGACGAGAGUGGCGACGAGGCCGACGACAGUGACUCGGUGCUGAGCUCGCGGGUCUCUUCGCCCCCGGUGUCUCCGGUGGCCCCGGCCGCUCCGGUCGAGAAGUACGCCCUGACGCGUACCCUCAGUUCGGAGACGAACACUUCGAUCACGAGUUCCAACUCUUCGACGCUCACCACGAGCUCGGCCGGAUCGCAGGCCAGCUGCAGCUCGGUCGGCAGCACUCCGCCCACCGUCGACCUGAGCCGGAAGCUCUCGAAGUCGUCCUCCUCCACUUCCGAGGCCACGAUGAACCGCAAGAACGUGCUGGCGUCGGCCAAGUGUCGCAGCGGACGUGGCGGCGAAUUGCUGAAGAUCGGGGCCGGUGGCGCCGAGACGGACCAGAAGGCGAAGGGCCGGUACGAGGAUGGUGACAGCACGGAUGGAUACGAGGAAGAGGAACGCCGCAAGGUCUCCAAGUCCAAGACACGGGGCACGAACGGCGGGGUGGCGCAGAACGGGAAACCCGGAGGCGAUUUACCGCCCGCCAAGGAACUGACCCACUACAAGGUGGUGGACGCUCCGACCGCCAACAGCCUCGUCGACAAGGUUAUCAAGGUCGCGGCGUACGUCGAGGUUGUGUCCGAUCUGGACGAUAACGCUUCGGAGGUCAUCGAGGAGCUGGUUCUGCCACCGAAGAAGGAGAAACCACUGGCGGCCCCUGCGCCGGCUCCGGCUCCAGUCCCGGACAAGAAGUCCUCUCGCUCGCAGUCGGUUACGGGCGAUGCGCCGAUGUCGGACCUCGCCAAGUGGGUGCGCCACGAAGCGGCCCGGACAACACACAGCAAGGAGGCGGACGCGAAGGUGCCGAGUGUGCCGAGGUUCGGCACCACGGUUGCGCCGGUCCCCGUCAAGCGGGAGCUUCGGUCGUCGGUCGAAACGAAGAAGCUGAAUCUGGCCGAGAUCCGCAAAUCGUUCGAGUCGAAGUCGGCCAACAGUACGGUCAUCCCGGCACCGGUCAAGCAGUCGACGCCUCCAAAGGAGCCCCAGGUUCAGCCACCGGUUGCUAUCGUCGCCGUCACUGCCGUCGCCGCCACGGCCACCGCCAACGGGGUCACGCCAAAAAGUCAGACCGCUAGCGGGCACGAUCGGUUCUCGUCCUGGGACUCGCUCGCCUCCUCGUCGUCCGGUGUGUCCUCCCUGCAGACGGGCGCCCAGAACUGCUCCGGGUCCUCGCAAACCCUACAGAGCACUCCGUCCGACUACGGAAGCUUCUCGUCGCUCGGCAGCAGCCACAGCUUGAUGACGCCCCAGGACCUGCAGCUCAUCAUCGAGGAAGCGGACCCACCGCUGGCCACGCCCGACGCGUUCGUCGUGGUGCUGCAGCGCGAAACGCCCGAGAGCAGCAUCGGCAUCACGCUGGCCGGCGGUUCCGAUUACGAAGCGAAAGAGAUCACGAUCCACAAAAUUCUCACCAACUCACCGGCGGAGAAGGACGGCCGGCUUCGGAAGGGCGAUCGGAUCCUGUCGAUCAAUGGGCUCAGCAUGCGCGGCCUAACGCACCGCGAGUCUCUCAGUGUACUUAAGACGCCGCGGCCCGAAGUUUUGAUGGUGAUCACGCGAUCGAAGUCGCUCGUCGUCGCAAAGCUGAAGCGGCCGUCGAUGGGUUCGCUCAGCUCGCUGGCGGAGAAGAGCGAACUCGGCCAGACGGAACUGAACCUGAAGAUCCAGCACAAAGCGUCCCGCUCGCUCGAUCUUGACCAUCUGGAUGUGGCGUCCAACGAAGCCGAGAGCGUGUUCGACGGGACGACGGGGUCAGAGGACGGGCUGCUGUCGACGGACGGCGGCGGCGGUGGCGGACACUCUCCGUCCCACUCUCUCGCGCGCACAGUCGCUCCGAUGGCGGGCGAACUUCCGGACGGUUCCGGUCGCGUCGUGGACGUGCUGAAAGACGGUGCCGGGCUCGGAUUUUCGAUCGAAGGCGGCUUCGACUCGCCGGCCGGCAACAAGCCGCUGGUGAUCAAGAAAAUCUUCAUGGGUGGUGCCGCGGAAAAGUCAGGCGUGCUGCGUGCCGGUGAAGAGAUUGUUGCCAUUAAUGCCGUUUCGAUCGCACAGAUGACGCGGAUACAGGUGUGGAACAUGAUGAAGAAGCUGCCGAACGGUAGUGUGCGGCUUACGCUGAAGUAAACACGGCCCUAACAACAGCACAGGGGACUGUUGGACCGGGUCUACACAAUAUUGACACGCGAGCGAUCAUAUUUACCUUUAUUUUAUUUGUAAACUUUCGCCAACGUUUUGUUAUGUUGAUCCGUUUUUUUUUUAUUAUCAGAAGUCCCAACGGGGACAGACUGUACAGAUUCGGUGGCGAAACAAUGGUUUGAUUCUUUCCUUUUACGCGUUGCUGUGGCCACGCCACAACCUCCUGGAUUUGCUUGCUCACAAAUGCAUUUAAUGUUUUGUUGUUUGGGCAUCAUUUUGAGCACGGACACUCUACGUGGCAGGCAAUCGGUUCCGGAUCCGAUCGGAACACAGCAGCAGCAGCAGCAGCAACAAUCGAACACGUCGACUUGAAAAGUAGAGACAAGUCUAAGAUCGUUUGUAGUAACAUCAAGGCGCCCCAACUAAACUAAGUAAGCAAACUAACCCAUAACGCACGGUUCCUUCAGAUCCAGAUCGAAGCAGACUCUCGGCGAUCGGCAGCAGCACCAGCGCAGCUGCUGCUGCCGGUGCACCGGUAUCGGUAAUGUUAACUUCUUUUAAAACAUGUAAAUUGGAUUAAGCAAACGAGAAUAAAAGGAAGCACGGUGAAAUGUCUGGAACG